AUGUUAGGAAUACGCACCCCGACCAAGAACGCGUCAAUGGCAAAAUCACCCGAAAGGAACCCGCCGAAGCCACUGGAGGAGGCUGGAUCUUCUUCGCAAUCCAGCAUAAGGAAAAGCGUAGGCGAAUGGGAAGCGAGACUGGAAGACAAACAAAAGUCCAUCUCUUCGCUCAAGAAGACAGCUAAUGAGCCGACACAGAAAGCCAGCCCACCCGCCCAAAAAAGGCCAAUCGCCUUCAAAAUUGACAACCCUCCGGGCCCCAAAAAUAUCGUACGGAACCCAAGAGUGGUCGAGGCUAGAACAUGCCUCGUGAAAGUCAAGAACGCCAUGGCUCUUUCCAAAAAUAUAAAGAAAGAAAUAAAAGAAGAAGUUACAAACCAAGUGGACAGACUUUACCGUCUGGUCAAAGAGGCAGAGGCGGACCACGAAGCAACCCCACCCAUUAGUGCGGCUAAGCCAAUUAUAGAGGCAAAUGACCCAGUGACUCCUCCUUCAUCGUUCUCCCGCUCUGAGCGGGAGAGGGAGGUGGGGAGAGUCAUUGAGUCUGAAACUGCAGCUCUUAAGAAGGUAUUGGAAGAGCAUAGCAAGAAACUUGCCGAAAAUACCGAAAAAAUGGACAGGCUGAAAGAGGCACUGCGGACUAGCCAAGAAAAUAUGCCAAAUAUCUCAUAUGCUAGUGCAGUGGCAAGACAGCCUACAAAAUCACCACCUAGGCAAACAGCCCUCCACUCUAUAGCCGUAACUACAGAGGAUGAAGGAAUAACGGGUGAAAAAGUACUCGAUAAAAUAAGGGAAGCAGUUGACGCUAAAGAAGAAUGGAUCAGAGUUGAUAGGGUGAGAAAGGCGAAAAAUAGGAAGAUCAUAAUGAGUUUUGAAAAGAAGGAAGACAGAGACAAGGUAAAGGAAAGACUGAGGGUGAAGGGAACCGAUCUCACCGUCGAGGAGGUGAAAAAUAGGGACCCGCUUCUGGUCCUCAAGGGAGUCCUAACUGUAAACACUGAUGAGGACAUAACAAAAGCCUUGAGGAACCAGAAUAGGGAAAUUUUUGGAAACCUCAACGACGGGGACGACCGGAUCUCAGUCAAGUACAGAAAAAGAACCCGCAAUCCGCACAUGGCCGAUGUGGUACUGAGCGCCUCGCCUGCCAUCUGGAGGCAGAUCACGGUAAAGGGCAAUGUCCACAUAGAUCUCCAGAGGGUCAGAGCGGAGGACCAGUCUCCACUGAUCCAGUGCUCGAGAUGCCUGGGCUACGGCCACAGUAAGAAAUUUUGUAAGGAAACUGAGGAUGGGUGCAGCCACUGCGGAGGACCGCACCUUAAGACCAAGUGUGCGGAGUGGGCCGCGGCCACCCCGCCCUCGUGCAGGAACUGCUUGAGAGCGAAGCUCGAUAAUAGAGAGCACAACGCUUUCAGCAGCGACUGCCCGAUUAGGCGGAGAUGGGACGAACUGGCCCGCUCCACAGCGAAUCUCCAGAGAAAGAAAUUGGCGUUCACAGAGCUGCUACUCGAGUCGGGGAAAUGCGGGGCGCACAUAGCGCUAGUACAGGAGCCAUAUGUUGGUAGAGAAGGCAGGGUCUCGGGUCGGAGCGGGAUCAGGGUCUUCCAGAACGUUGACAACGGGGAGGGUACGGUAAAGGCUGCAGUAAUUGUUUUUAAUGCGGACCUCCACGUCAUACAGUACCCAAAACUCACCACGAACAACAUCGCGGUGGUGGGGAUCCGAACCAGCGCCUGGGAGAUAGCCCUGGUAUCGCUCUACUUCGAGCCUGACCUAGAGAUGGACCUCUACCUGGCGCACCUCCGCAAAAUCCGGCUUGAGUUGGGAGCACAAAAAUGGAUAGUCGCGGGUGACUGCAAUGCCAAAAACAUUUGGUGGGGUAGUCCCGUGACGGAUCGCCGGGGAGAAGAACUGCAUGGGACUCUGGAGGACCUGGGUCUUGUUAUCCUUAACAAAGGGGAAAUUCCCACGUUUGACGUCGUAAGAGGUGAGCGAAGAUACACCAGCUUCGUCGAUAUCACAACGGCGUCACCCGACCUCCUGGACCUGGUGGACGGCUGGCGCGUGCGCGAAGACUUAACUACCUCGGACCACAACGGCAUAUCGUUUAAGUUACACCUAAAACGCACAAGACACAACUAUAUCAAGCACACAACACGAUCAUAUAACACACGGAAAGCCAAUUGGACCCAGUUUCGUGAGAAACUGGGUCAAAUUUUGCAAUCCCAAAACAUUACAGUCACAAACAUCCAAGACACUAUCACAGCUACACAAUUAGACUACAUCAUACACAAACUUAUACAGGCGUUAACUGAAGCGAGUGAGUGUGCAAUUCCCAAAAUUAGGAGGAAGGACACACUCACGUUGCCGUGGUGGUCUGAGGAGCUGUCGACGCUGAAGCGCGAGGUGGCCACCAGGAAGAGGAGGAUCCGGUGUGCGGCACCGAUUCGACGGUCGAAAGUGGUCGAAGAAUACCUGGAGGCCAGGACAAAGUACGAGACCAAAGAAAAAGAGGCUCAAACUAGGUCCUGGAAGGAAUUUUGCGGGAAACAGGACCGAGAGUCUCUCUGGGGGGGUAUAUAUAGGGUGUUGGGCAGGACGGCCAAGCGGGAGGAAGAUCCACCGCUGGUGGUAGAAAACACGGAAAUUGAUGCCAAGAGCUCCGCCCGACUUAUGGCCGAGACCUUUUACCCCAAGGACUCCGAGGAGCAAGACUCCGAGGAGCACCGACGGGUGAGGGCCCUGGCGGAGCUCACGGAUAGCGAGACUUCCUCGGACCAGGGGGACCCCCCUUUCACUCAUUUAGAGUUAAAGCUGGCGAGUCGUUCUUUCGACCCGAAGAAAGCCCCUGGAGCGGACGGCUUCACCGCCGACAUAUGCCUGCAUGCGAUAAACCUCAACCCGGACCUCUUCUUGUGCCUUUUCAACCGGUGCCUGGCAAUCCACCACUUUCCCGGGGCCUGGAAGGAGGCCACAGUAAUCUUCCUUCGGAAGCCCGGAAAGGCCACCUACACGACCCCAAAAUCGUAUCGUCCUAUAGGCCUCCUUCCGGUACUUGGAAAGGUCUUGGAAAAGAUGCUUGUCACUAGACUACAAUUUCAUAUAGCGCCUAGGCUUAGCACACGCCAAUUUGGCUUUAUGCCCCAACGGAGCACCGAAGACGCCCUCUACACCUUAGUGAAACAUAUCAGACAUAAACUAGACAGCAAGAAGAUUGUCGUUCUGAUAUCACUGGAUAUAGAGGGCGCAUUUGAUAACGCUUGGUGGCCCAAAAUAAAGGUCAGGCUGGCGGAGGAAAAAUGCCCCAUAAACAUCCGACGGCUUUUGAGCAGCUAUCUAAAUGACAGGAGCGUCAAAGUCAGGUACUGUGGGGAGGAGUACGCAAUAGCUACCGAGAAGGGUUGCGUGCAGGGAUCUAUUGGCGGACCAAUAUUAUGGAACUUACUUUUAGACCCACUGCUCCGGGACUUGGAAACUAGUGGCGCGUACGUGCAGGCAUUCGCUGACGAUGUGGUGUUGGUGUUCGAGGGUGACACGGCCCUCGAAAUCGAACGGCAGGCCAACGCCGCCCUUGAACGUGUGAGAAUGUGGGGAGCGGCAAAUAAACUUCGAUUUGCGCCUCAUAAGACCAAUGCAAUGGUUAUGACGCGCAAAUUGAAGUACGACGACCCGCGUCUACGCAUGGGCGGGGUCGACGUUGCCUUGUCGAACGAAAUCAAACUGUUGGGUGUUGUCAUUGACCGAAAACUCACAUUCAACGCCCACGUCGCGAGUGUCUGCAAGCGCGCGGUAGCCUUCUACCAUCAGUUGGCACGAGCAGCUAAGGUCAGCUGGGGUCUCCACCCCGAAGUAAUCCGUACUAUCUAUGUAGCGGUGGUCGAACCUGUAGUUCUGUAUGCCGCCAGCGUAUGGGCGCCUGCUGUGGACAGGCUCGGAAUCCGGAAGCAGCUGAACGUGGUCCAGCGAGGCUUCGCACAGAAGCUCUGUAGGGCAUAUCGCACUGUCUCCCUGAACGCGGCCCUGUUGCUCGCUGGGAUACUCCCACUCGACCUUCGCGUCCGCGAAGCCGCGGCGCUGUAUGAGGCGAGGAAGGGGGUGCCCCAGCGAGAGAUAGGGGAUCGGGAGGUAGAGCGAAUGUCCUCGGCCCUUCGGUCACCGCAUCCCGCCAGUCAUCUCGACCUCGAGUUCAAGUGCCUGAUGGACCAGGAGCAACUUAUGGCCAAUAAUGACAAUGACUUCAAUAUCUAUACGGACGGUAGCAAGAUUGAGGGCAAGGUGGGGGCGGCGCUAUCCAUAUGGAGUGACGCCGCCGAAACCAAAGCCCUCAAGCUUGCGUUACCGUCUUACUGCACGGUCUACCAGGCGGAGCUUCUGGCGAUAUGCCGGGCGGCACGGAUGGCCGCAGCAAACUUGGCCGGAUCUGUCGGAAUUUACUCCGACUCAUUGUCAGCAUUGCAGACGCUGCAAAAUCCAAAGGCUCUCCACCCCCUGGCGGUAGAAGCGCGAGGGUUCCUGCGAGACGCUUUGCUCCAGAACAAACGUAUAAGCUUGUUCUGGAUCAAAGCCCAUGCAGGACUGGAGGGGAAUGAGCGUGCCGACAAUCUGGCCAAGGAGGCUGCUCUGAGGUCUAAACGCAAAUUUGACUACGACAGCUGCCCCGUCUCAUUCAUCAAGCGAAGCAUUCGUAUGCGAUCGCUUGAUGAGUGGAACGACCGGUACCGAGCCGGUGAAACGGCCGGCGUCACCAAAAUAUUUCUUCCUGAUGCGGUGGCGGCCUACAGAGUUGUAAGUAAAAUGGAGGUGGACGGACUCGUCACCCAGGUGUUGACGGGGCACGGCGGAUUCUCCGAGUACUUGCAUCGCUUCAAGUGCAAGGAGAGUCCGUCCUGCAUCUGCGACCCCGGGGUGUCCGAGUCUGUUCCCCAUCUCCUGUUUGACUGUCCAGUUCAUGCGUAUAAACGAAUGAAGCUGGAACAAGAGAUCGAAAUUCAACUGUCGAUAGGUAAUAUUGUGGAUAUCAUACACGAUAAUAAAAAAAGGGAUGUUUUCUUUAAAUAUUGUAAAGAUAUAUGCAUAGAAAGUCCGCCAGCGGACAGCUGUACGCCGCUCAGAGUUCGCCAGCGGACAGCUGUACGCCGCUCCGAGUUCGCCAGCGGACAGCUGAACGCCGCUCAGAGUUCGCCAGCGGACAGCUGUACGCCGCUCAGAGUUCGCCAGCGGACAGCUGUACGCCGCUCCGAGUUCGCCAGCGGACAGCUGAACGCCGCUCAGAGUUCGCCAGCGGACAGCUGUACGCCGCUCAGAGUUCGCCAGCGGACAGCUGUACGCCGCUCAGAGUUCGCCAGCGGACAGCUGAACGCCGCUCAGAGUUCGCCAGCGGACAGCUGUACGCCGCUCAGAGUUCGCCAGCGGACAGCUGUACGCCGCUCAGAGUUCGCCAGCGGACAGCUGUACGCCGCUCAGAGUUCGCCAGCGGACAGCUGUACGCCGCUCAGAGUUCGCCAGCGGACAGCUGUACGCCGCUCAGAGUUCGCCAGCGGACAGCUGUACGCCGCUCCGAGUUCGCCAGCGGACAGCUGUACGCCGCUCAGAGUUCGCCAGCGGACAGCUGUACGCCGCUCAGAGUUCGCCAGCGGACAGCUGUACGCCGCUCAGAGUUCGCCAGCGGACAGCUGUACGCCGCUCCGAGUUCGCCAGCGGACAGCUGAACGCCGCUCAGAGUUCGCCAGCGGACAGCUGUACGCCGCUCAGAGUUCGCCAGCGGACAGCUGUACGCCGCUCAGAGUUCGCCAGCGGACAGCUGAACGCCGCUCAGAGUUCGCCAGCGGACAGCUGUACGCCGCUCAGAGUUCGCCAGCGGACAGCUGUACGCCGCUCAGAGUUCGCCAGCGGACAGCUGUACGCCGCUCAGAGUUCGCCAGCGGACAGCUGUACGCCGCUCAGAGUUCGCCAGCGGACAGCUGUACGCCGCUCAGAGUUCGCCAGCGGACAGCUGUACGCCGCUCCGAGUUCGCCAGCGGACAGCUGUACGCCGCUCCGAGUUCGCCAGCGGACAGCUGUACGCCGCUCCGAGUUCGCCAGCGGACAGCUGAACGCCGCUCAGAGUUCGCCAGCGGACAGCUGUACGCCGCUCAGAGUUCGCCAGCGGACAGCUGUACGCCGCUCAGAGUUUGCCAGCGGACAGCUGUACGCCGCUCCGAGUUCGCCAGCGGACAGCUGUACGCCGCUCAGAGUUCGCCAGCGGACAGCUGUACGCCGCUCAGAGUUCGCCAGCGGACAGCUGUACGCCGCUCAGAGUUCGCCAGCGGACAGCUGUACGCCGCUCACUGUUCGCCUCACAUGGGGCUCGGCCCAAAGACUUAUCUUUAG